CUCUCUAAACUGAUCCACUGUUAAAAGACGAGAUCAUUUUCUCUUCUCUGUUGUGGUUAUAAUCGUGAGCUUGGUCUGGUGCGUACGUGGGUUUGGUUUGCUGCUUCUACUCUAAAAACUGAAGUUCCUAUUGAGCAAGUCAAUUUGCAAAAAGCCUCCGCGAGUCUCUGCAAUUGGACGAGCAGGCUUUUGCAUGCAUCUGUGUUUUGCAUGUGAAGACAGACGACAUGGAAUUAUUUAUUUGGAGUUUUUUCCUUUUUUAACACCACUUCUGAAUUCUUUCGCAUUAUAAUCAUAUUUUGUAUUUUAUCCUUUUUGUGUUCCAAACCACAAUGACAGUGUUUAGCUUUUUACUGAAGUGGACGUUUAUCCUGCUGCUGAGUCUCUCCUUAUGUGUUGGUGAAGAAAGCCCAACUUCAUCAAACAUUGUCAAUCCUUGUUGCUAUUACCCUUGCCAAAACCGAGGGAUUUGCGUCCGAUAUGGCCUGGACAGAUAUGAAUGUGACUGCACCAGAACAGGCUUCUAUGGAGAAAAUUGCACUAUACCUGAGUUCUGGACUCGAGUCUAUCUGCUCCUGAAGCCUAAUCCUAAUGUCGUCCACUAUAUCCUCACCCACUUUGACUGGCUAUGGAGCAUCAUCAACAGGACGUUCCUCAGAGAUUGGCUCAUGCACAAAGUGCUCACAGUAAGAGCCAGCUUAAUCCCAAGUCCCCCGACAUACAAUUCCAGAUAUGACUACUUGAACUGGGAAGCGUAUUUCAACAUCACUUACUACACAAGAAUUCUUCCACCAGUCCCUCAGGACUGCCCCAUGCCAUUGGGAACCAAAGGAAAAAUGAAGCUUCCAGACCCCAAGCUUCUGGUGGAGAAGUUCAUGUUAAGGCGGAAAUUCAGACCGGACCCUCAGGGAACAAAUUUAAUGUUUGCCUUUUUCGCUCAGCACUUCACACACCAGUUUUUCAAGACUCACAACCGUGUUGGACUUGGGUUCACAAAAGGUCUGGCUCAUGGGGUGGAUGCUGGACACAUUUAUGGAGAUACGCUUGAUCGCCAGCUAGACCUCAGACUUCACAAAGAUGGGAAGCUGAAGUACCAGGUAGUCAAUGGUGAGAUAUACCCCCCCACGGUGCUACAUGCACCGGUCAAAAUGAGCUACCCACCAUCUGUCCCGUCGGAGCAACAGUUGGCCAUUGGGCAAGAAGUGUAUGGACUGCUGCCGGGUCUCAGUAUGUACGCCACCUUGUGGCUGCGUGAGCACAACCGUGUGUGUGAUAUCCUGAAACAAGAACAUCCAACCUGGGGGGAUGAGCAGCUGUUUCAGACCACCAGGCUCAUUAUUAUAGGUGAGACUAUUCGUAUCGUGAUCGAGGACUAUGUGCAGCAUCUGAGCGGUUACCGGCUGAAGCUCCGCUUUGAUCCCACACUGCUGUUUACCUCACAGUUCCAGUACCAGAACCGCAUUGCUGUGGAGUUCAAUCAGCUUUACCACUGGCACCCACUGAUGCCUGACAGCUUCCACAUUGAUGGAGACGAGAUUCACUACCCUCAGUUCAUUUUCAACACCUCUCUCCUCACCCACUACGGAGUGGAGAAGCUGGUGGAGGCCUUCUCAACCCAACCCGCAGGACAGAUUGGAGGUGGUUAUAAUAUUCACCCAGUGGUGUGCAAAGUAGCUGAGGGGGUCAUCAUUGAAUCAAGGGAGCUUCGACUUCAGCCCUUUAAUGAAUAUCGCAAGAGAUUCAAUCUGAAACCAUACACGUCGUUCUCAGAAUUGACAGGAGAUGAAGAGAUGGCUAAAGAACUCGAGGAGCUGUAUGGAGAUAUUGAUGCUCUGGAGUUCUACCCCGCUCUUUUGUUAGAGAAGACGCGACCUGGUGCCAUAUUUGGCCAAAGCAUGGUGGAAAUGGGGGCCCCGUUUUCCCUAAAAGGCCUCAUGGGAAAUCCUAUUUGCUCCCCUGAGUACUGGAAGCCCAGUACAUUCGGGGGGAAGACAGGCUUUGAUAUAGUAAACUCUGCUAGUUUGAAGAAACUGGUUUGUCUUAAUACAAAAUGGUGUCCAUAUGUGUCUUUCCAUACUCCUCCACCAGAUUAUAAACAACAGAGGACAUCUCACGGUGAACUUUAGCACAGUAUACUUCUGGAAUCCAUUUAAAAUCACUGAGCAAACGUUUGACUCUAAUUACAGAUGUGAAUGAAAAUGAAUUAUCUUGUAAAUCAGAAAUGAAUUAGUAGUUAGAAUGAUUAGAGUAGUUACCUGUAACAAGGAGACUGAAGAAUGAACUUUCAUAGUAUUACAAUAUGAGUAACUUUUUUGGAUUAUGAAAGAAUGUUUAUUACAACACAGGAGCUUUUUAAUGGAUAUGACUGAACCUUUGCUAAACCCCGCCAUGAAAAACAGAUUACAGACCAAUCCUACAUAAACAACUGUUGCUUCUGUUCUUUUAUAAUACAAUGCCACAAUACAUUCCUGCUUGCUUUAUGAGUAUAUUUUACUGAAAAUCAUGCUGUUUAUGGUCAUCUCAUAAUUAAAGGGGGUGGAGUUUAACAAAGGAUGAAUUAGAGAACUGACGAAAAGAUUGGUGUUUUCUUGCUCCACAGAUUUAGUAUUCUUGACAAUUCACUAUAAACAGUGAAUAUAUGGGCAUUUGUUGACUUUUUUGUUACCUACUUGAUCUAAACCUUAAAAAUGGUGUAACCUUAUAUCAUCCGGUUGAUUUUGUAACCUUAUAUCAUCCGUUUUUUUUUACUGUAAACUGCCACUCAUAUUGCCAAACAACCAUCCAUCCUUUUUUCAAACCGCUUGUCUUGUGUAUGGUUGUUGCAGUUUAUUCCAUGGAAACACCCUGGACGGAUGAACAGUCCAUUACAGGCCAAAUAAACGUUUAGCUUUAAUUCAUAGUCAAAAGAUUUCCGUCCAUUAUAUGAUGCUGAAACAUUAAUUGUAUUUGCUGCCUGUCUGUUCUGUUACGUAAAUUCGAAUGCACUGUUCAACUUGAAAUAAAUAAUUUGCCUUGAACUGUG